UGCGUGGUUGCGUCAUAACGACAUGAACUGUUAUGUUUUCAGUAGCAAUCGUUAUCCUGGACUGAAUAAAGUCGUUUUGACAGAUUGAAACAUGUCCACUCCACUUGAUGAGACAGCAGCAGAUGUGCCUGUCAGAGACCUCACAGUGAACCUGUCCCGACUCGCAGCAGUGACAGAUUCAUCUGCGUAUCAAAAUGCUCGGGCGCGACAGGACAUCUCACGGGUGUCCAGGGAGGAGCUGGAGGACCGGUUCCUGCGCCUCCAUGAGGAGCACCAGCUCCUCAAACAGCAUGUUCACAAACAGGAUGACAAGAUCAAGAAGCUGGGCACUAAGCUGAUGAGGCUGGUGAAGGACCGCGGUCGUAUGGAGCAGCUGGCGGUGGGUGGAGGUCAGUCGGUGUCCAGGGUGCGGGAUGUGGAAAUGGAGGAGAUGAUGGAGGAGCUGCAGGAGAAAGUCCGGAGUCUGCAGUCGGAGAAUGAGGGAUUAAAACAGCGCCUCCUCGUGGCCAAGCAGCAGCUCAUCAACUCUCAGAGCAGGAGGCCGACGCCGUACGGCCGCGUCCAGUCACGAGUCAACUCUGGGUUAAAGAAGCUGCGAGAUGACGCUUCCUCUCCUUCUCAGACACGACCAAAAAGUACCCGCAGUUUGGAGGGAGGUGGGAGACCUCCGACCGGCCUCCUACCUCGAUUUGGACACAGCCUGCUCGAGGAUGCGAGGGCUGAGAUCCGUAACCUAGAGAAUGUGAUCGAGCUCCAGCGCAGCCACUUGGAGGAGAUGGAGGGAGUGUCGGAGCAGCUGAGGGAGGAGCUGAGGAGGAAGGAAGCAGAAUAUGAGGAGAGACUUCUGCAGAUCCGACAGCAGCAAACCUCCAAACUGAGGUCACACGUCAACAGCAAUGUGACAAUGAUCAAACUGCAGAAGCAGCUGGUUGACAGGUCCAACAGCAUCACAGAGCUGGAGGGACGAUUUCUACAGCUGCAGGAGAGUCAGAGGACGCUGAAGGUGAGUCAUGAUGCAGCGAUGCUGAAGGUGGACGAGCUGUCGGCUCAGCUCAAAGAUGAGAGGCUGAAGAGUUUGGACCUGGAGAAACAGCUGCAGACAUCCGCCAUAUCCAGGCUGAACAUGGAGCAGCUGCAGGAGAGGAUCAGUGAAUUGGAGCAGGAGAGAGACCUGCUGAAGGACAACAAUGAAAAACUGGUCAACAGUGCGUUCGAUGUGUCUCGACAGCAGAAGUGGCAGAUCCAGGAGCAGCAGCUGAAGCUACAGAUCGCUCAGCUGGAGACGGCGCUGAAGGCCGACCUUGUCGACAAAAACGAAAUCCUUGACAAAAUCAAGGCUGAGAGAGACUCAAAUGAAAAGCUGACAGAAGAAAAUAAGAAACUUCAGCUCCAGUUUCUGGAACAGAAGCAGCAGCUGGAGGAACUCAAUGAUCGUUUAAAAUUCUACAGCAGGGAGAACGAGUACGAUGUGGCUGAACUCACAGAGGCGCUGCUGCUCAUUAAGGAGCGUAAAUCCCAGAGGAGUGGAGAUCUGGGCUUCCUGAAGGAGGAGCAGGAGGGAGGCGGCAGCAGCUCAGAGAACGCCAUCCGAGAGCUGCGAGCCGCUCACGCUGAAACCAUCCAGGAGCUGGAGAAGACCAGAAACCUCCUCAGCGUGGAGAGCAACAUCUGCAAAGACUACAAGGCGGAGCUGGACGCUGUGAAGAAGAAGAUGGACAGUAACAGAGUGGAGAGUGAGCAGCAGCUGGAACGACAGGCCGCUCUGCUCGACACGAGAGCCACCAAGAUCAAGAAACUGGAAGCUCAGCUCAGAGACAUCGCCUACGGUACCAAAACCUACGUCUUCAAACCAGACAUGACAGACGAAGAUGAGGCGGAUGAGUUUAAUGAAACUUUUCACCUGGAGCGUGGAGAGAACCUUCUGGAGCUUCAGAUAGUCAGCGCCACGCUCUCUCCAUCCGCCCUGCAGGCUCUGGGUGACGUUGAACCCUCCACCUUCUGUACAUACUCCUUCUAUUUGUUUGAGCUGCACUCCACUCCGGUGGUGACAGGCCAGAGACCCAAAUAUGGCUUUACCUCUAAGUACGUGGUGAGCAUGGAUGAGCAGUUCCUGGAAUAUCUGCACAGACAGUCUGUGACUGUGGAGCUGCAUCAGGCUCUGGGGUUAGACUGGAGGACGCUGGCCACUGGGCAGCUCCGUCUGCAGCCGCUGCUGGAGCAGGACGGAAAAGUUCAUGGCACCAUGCCGCUGGUCGGUACGUGUGAUGAUGCUCGGUCCUUUGGCUCUGUGGAUUACUGGGUGAGGCUGAGGGUCCCGAUGACAGAGACCAUCCGCCUGUUUAAAGAGAAGGUGAAGGCUGUGGGCUACAUCAGCACUGCUCUGAGCCAAGACGCACAGCUGCAGACAGCCGGCGGCGGCUGGAACGAACUCUCCAUCACAGUCGGACGCUGCAGAGACCUGAAGAAGUCCAGAGGCUCCCAGCAGCCGAGCCCCUACGUGGUCUACAAGUUCUUUGACUUCCCUGACUACCCGACCACCACUGUCCACAACUGCUGCGACCCCGUUCUCAAUGACCUCAAGUCCUACUGCGUCUCGAUGGAUACGGAUCUGGACCAGUACCUGAAGUCUGAGAUGCUUCUGUUCUACGUGUUCGACUACAAAGAGGAGCAGAUGGAUACGUACAUGGGGAAGGCCAGAGUGCCUCUGCUGUCACUGGCCAAGGACCAGCCCGUCACUGGUGUGUUUGAGCUGACUGAUCCCUCUGGACUCCCCGCCGGACACAUUGAAGUGACGCUGAAGUGGAAGUUCACAUACGUCCCUCCAUCAGGCUCCAUCAUGACUGUUAAAGAGUUAAUCCCAACAGAGACAGAAAUCAAACCAGAGCAGGAUCAGCACAGAGUGGAGGAUGAGAGGAAAGAGAAAGAUGUUGAUGAGACACUGCAGGAGGAAGACAAACACCGUCCUCAUCAGCCCGCCUCGCUUCCUAAGGUCGCUGCGUCGAAGGCCCCGCUGCCAAAACUCAGACAGAGGACGCACCUAAAGGACGGACUGACGGCCAAAAAGGUCACAUUCAUAGAUCCCUCAGCUGCACAUGACCAGGUUGAGGACAGUGGCUCAGCAGGUGUAAGUGUGCCUGCAGAGAGGAGAGACACAUUAUCACCUGCUGUAAAGGUCGUGACAGAGGCGACUCCAGCUGCUCAACGCACCGCAAGGGAAGAGGAUGAUGAAGAAGAGUCUCACGUCUCCGAAGGUCAGCUGGUCCCGGCCAGCUCUCAGUCCUACUCCGACGACUCUGAAAUCUCCGAGGAAAUUCUCCAAGAUGUUGAGGAGGCCUCGGCAGCCAGAGAGGAUCAGAGUGAAUCGACUCAGUCCGACAGCGAUGACUGCAUUGUUCACGGGCAGACCGCGGGGAGGAAGCCGUCAGAGAGAGUGCGGGUGGAGGUGGUGUCUCUGAGCCUGAAGCCAGAGUCUCGGGUGUCCCGGGAUGACAGCGUGGUGCGUCUUUUUGUUGAGUACUCUCUGCUGGACCUGCCCACAGAGGAAACCCCCCUGUCCCUCCCCAAACCCCCCCAAGGCAAGAGCAUCAACUACAACUACAGCAAAGUCAUUCCUGUGGACGCAGAGAAGAACGGGGCGAGGCGGCGGCUGCUGAGAGGAGUCCUACAGGGACGAAACCCUCAGAUGGAGAGAAUCCGGUUCACGGUGGUGAGCGAGCCCCCGGAGGAAGAGGAGCAGGAGAGGGAGUGUGAGGAUGUGGGCGUGGCCUUCCUCAGGAUCCCCGAAAUUCUGGAGAGACAACGGGAUCUGACGGAGACCAGCCUGAAUGUGUUGGAUGUUGAGGACAGCAGCGAGGUGGUCGGCAGUCUGACUGUGUCUGUGGAGGGACUGGAGGCUCUGCAGGCCAUCAUGGAGGAGGACGACGUGGAGCUUCCUUCAGUAUGAGGCAACAUCACUGACACAAACAUCACAUGAGACACAAUGUGUGCACAACUGCCAACAUACUAAAACAGUAUCUGAGUCUAAUGUCUGCUUCAUACACUGAGGACUGACUCAGUACUGAAACACUGAAACUGUUCAGUUUAUCAGACACUUUAUUUGGAGGUCGUGUGUCAUUCAGAGUUUUCACUGUGUUGGUGUUUUGUAGACAUGUUAAACAUGUUUUGAAGCAUGAGGGAACUCUGAGUGUUCGUCCUGUAUCUUUGCUCAGGGCGCACAGAUCUGUUUAUCUUCAGGUCAAAAUAAAUGUGAGUUAAAAACUGUAAAGUUUGGUUGAAAGACGUUUGUUUCUUCAGCCUGUUGGCAGAGAAGCUUCACUGUCUGCCACUUUACUCCACGCUGAAAUAUAUCGACAACUGUUGGAUGGACUGUGAUGAAAUGUGUUUCAGACUUUUGUUAUUUUUGUUCUUUUGCACAAACAAAACACUGCAUAAAAUCCAGAUAAUGGAAAAAAAGAAAUGUGUCAGGAGAGGACAGGCUGAUACAGCAGACCUCCCUUUAACUUCAGAAAAAAAUAGCAAUAACAAAAUCCAAGUCCACUAAAAACAGAAAUACAUGAUAAACAAUACAAAGAAAAAGAAGAAGAGACAAUAACCAUACACACACACACACACACACACACACAUAUAUAUAUACAGGGUUCUUGUGGAUCCAUAAAAGCCUUAAAAGCAUCUUGAAUCAAUCUUUUAAAAGUCUUAAAAAUGUUUUUUUUAUUUAAAUUUUAUGAAUAUUUUUUUUCUGAUUUUACAUUGUAAAAUAAUACUAUAGUGAAUCCCUCACAUUAAGAUCCCACUGAUCAGGACAGUGUAACCAGCCUCUCUCAUAUUUAGCUUCUGCUCAGAGCAGAGGAUCUGCUGUCACUGCACCCUGGACAACAUGAGGGAAAAAAAUUGCUCUUUAUAAUACAAGUUUUUAUUGGUUUGAGAGGCUCGGUACAUGGCAUACAUAUAUUAUUUUCCAGGCAAACAAGAAUACAAGGCAUGUAUUUUUUAUAGUAUGGAGAUGGACACCACUAAAAAGAAAAAUUAACAAAUAACUUUAAAAGGAAAGAGAAGAAAACAAACUAACAAACAAACAUGUCACACACAUGUCGUCAUACAUCUCUCUACAGGGUCACACAGUCACAGAGCAGGUUCAUAAUUAUGUAGGCUUAUCUCCCAUUUUAAGAUGAAUCUAUAACUGGUCCCGAGGUGAUACUCCUUUCUCCUGAUCGCCAUUUAUUCUAUUCUACUGAACAAACGUUCAUAAGAUGCUGUUUCCACCAUUACAUUAACCCAUUCUUUCACUCCAGGGCCUUUUUUGUCUUCCAGUGUUUUAGGAUAACACGACAGACAGUUAUUAGACCCACAAGAAUAACAGGAAAUGCACACUUGGAUACGUUUGGUAUUUGGACUGAUCCAACAGUGAACACAACAUUGGACUUAAAGGGAUAACUGAACUAAAAAUUGUCUCUUUAAACAAGAUUUCUCAUCAUGGCUGAAACAAUUGAAUACACAAGGCUUGGUGUAUUCAAUGUCCAAAAAAACCCCAACAUCAUCAAGACAACCAACAAACGCCACGUAUUUUUAGUAUUGUAUUAUUUCUGUCCUUCCUUUGUCUCAGCCAUGCCCAGAAAUUAUUAUUUUUAUUUUCAACUUUUAAAGUAGAUCAGCUUUUUUACUGGAACAAAAAAAAACAAAAAACAACGUAUUUUAUGUUACAAUCAAAGUUUGGGCAAAAUUGACCCUAACCUCCACAUCUCACCCUGUCUGUGGCUGAAUAAAUGACUUCCUGUGUCAGUGAUGUUGGCAGGUAGACAGCCGCCAUGUGGACGUCUCAAUAAAACCUGAACAUAAUAAGAUAAUAGAAGUUUUCCUGCAGGAGAGGAAGAUAAACUUACUUAAGUACGUUUUAUAAAAAGCUUGAAAUGUAAAUUAUCUUAUUUAAUGUAUAAAACUGAACCUGAACCUUCAGAUUGUAUUACUGAGUCACAUGUGUGUGUUAAAAUACUGUAGAUGUUAUAAUGAUAUAUUUUAAAUGUGAAAAUGUUUUAAAGUUUGUACACUAGAGUUAUUUAAUGUAUUUCAAUCUCCAACUGUAAUAACUGUAAAUUUUCCUGUAGCUCAGGUUCUGGUCUCCGGCAGUAGAAGCUUUUAGUUUUUACAGGUGGAUGUUUUAGUGUCAGUGUGCUGAUAGCUGCUGAACACCUGCACAGUUACAUCAGGAUACUGUUUGUAAUGUUUGUUUGUGGGAGAGUGAAGAAAGAAGUUGGACAAGCGUGCCUUAAAUUUGAUAUUUCCUGUAUGAUGUUUUGUAUUGUGCUCUAAUAAAGAGUGUUUUUCUGUA